AUGGGAUUCUUCUAUUCGCAAUUCCUCGUCAAACCGGAGUAUCCAACCCAAUCCUUCGCCGGCCAAAUAGUCAUCAUCACCGGAGCCAACGUUGGUCUCGGCCUCGAAGCCGCACGGCACAUCGCCCGACUACAAGCGGCCCAGGUAAUUCUCGCUGUUCGGAACCCGGACGCCGGAGAAGCGGCGAAGCGAUCAAUUGAGCAAAGUACGGGCCGACCCGGCGUGUGCCAGGUUUGGCACUUGGAUCUCGCAUCGUUCGCCUCAGUGCAGAGUUUCGCGGACCGCGUCGCCCGGUUGCCACGGGUUGACUGUGUCGUAGCUAAUGCCGCUAUCGCGACGCCGACGUUCAAAGUCGCCGAAGGCCAUGAACAGACUAUCACCGUUAAUGUGAUUAGUACUAUGCUCUUGGCUGUGCUUCUCCUCCCGAAGCUACGCGAGAUAGCCAAGCAGCACCCGGAGAGCACACCACGGCUUACGGUCGUCGUAAGCGAGACUCACGCCUGGACCCCGUUCCCCGAAUGGAAGUCCAGCAACACAUUCCAAGCGCUCAAAGGCAAGGACACCGCGGAUAUGGAGAACCGCUACGCGACCUCGAAACUAAUAGAAAUCCUUCUCCUGCGGGAGAUGGUGACCCGGAUGUCGGGCUCCGGGGUUAUCGUCAACAUGGUGAACCCCGGGCUGUGCCACUCGAAGCUGGCGCGCGACAUUGGCUGGGGGUUCUGGAUGUUCAAGCAGCUUGUUGCUCGGUCGACGGAGGUCGGGAGUCGUACUUUGGUUGCCGGGGUUAGUGCCGGGCGUGGUAGUCAUGGGAUGUACAUGACCGAUGGCCGGGUCGCGGAUGAGGCCUUGUCGGAUUUUGUGCGCAGAUCGGAGGGUAAGCAGGCACAGGAGAAGCUUUGGCGUGAGAUUUCCGGGGUCUUGGAGGGUAUCCAUCCUGGUAUCAUGCAGAUGGUAUAG